CGGCACUGACCGUAGGCGUGGUGGGUUACACUGUUUGAUUACACGCGCUCUAUAGCUGUUAGUGGGUUGCACUGUUUGAUUUCCACUACAGUCGUACUUGGGCCGGCCGCGACCUCUUUAGCCCAAGUUUCGGGAAAAUAUAUAUUUUAUAUUUAUACAUUCUGCUCUUUUAGACGGCUCAUAUUAUUUCCACCUCGGAAAAGAAUUAAAUAAUUUCUUUGAGAGAGAUAACACGUGUCUAAAGUGUCAUCCCGAGGGUUCACGAAGCCUCCGGCGUCGUUUAGCAUCUUCCUCCCCUUCUUUAUUAUUUCAUCCUUCCACUCCUCCUCCUUCACGUGAACGAACACAGAAAAAUAAGCAAAAAAGUGUCAUCUUUGCUCAGUUCUUAAGUAAACAUCUCGUCGUUUUACUGAAAUUACACUAAACUCCCUGUUGUAAUAUAUCUCUCCCUUUGUAAUCUAUUUACCGUCUUUUUAAGUUCUCCGAGCAAAAUGGCGACGGCGACGACGACGUUUAGUGGUGGUAUCGUCGGCGUGGGAUCGGACUCCCGAAAGGUUUCUUCUUUUUCUCACCUCCAACCUUCCGUGGCUUUUCCGGCGAAGCCCAGUUCCUUCAAAUCACUGAAACUAAAACAGAGCGUGAGCUUCACGCGGCGGAGGCUUGAGCAUCGGCCGUUCGUCGUCCGAUGUGAAGCUUCUUCUAACGGAAGGCUUACACAGCAAGAGUUCACAGAGAUGGCGUGGCAAUCGAUAGUCUCUUCACCAGACGUGGCUAAAGAGAAUAAGCAACAGAUUGUGGAGACUGAGCAUCUUAUGAAAGCUCUUUUGGAGCAGAAGAACGGUUUAGCUCGUAGGAUUUUCUCUAAGAUUGGUGUGGAUAACACUAAGGUUCUUGAAGCGACUGAUAAGUUCAUUCAACGGCAGCCAAAGGUGUAUGGAGAAGCUGCUGGUUCGAUGUUGGGGCGUGAUUUGGAAGGUUUGUUUCAGAGGGCAAGGCAAUAUAAGAAAGACUUGGGGGACUCUUAUGUCUCUGUGGAGCAUUUGGUUCUUGCUUUCGUUGAUGAUAAACGGUUUGGGAGGCAGUUGUUUAAGGAUUUUCAGAUAUCUGAGAAGAGUUUGAAAACUGCUAUUGAGUCUAUUAGAGGGAAACAAUCAGUUAUUGACCAAGAUCCGGAAGGUAAGUAUGAGGCGUUGGAGAAGUAUGGGAAAGAUUUGACAGCAAUGGCGAGAGAAGGGAAGCUUGAUCCUGUGAUUGGGAGGGAUGAUGAGAUUCGUAGAUGUAUUCAGAUUCUCUCAAGGAGGACUAAGAAUAACCCUGUGUUAAUUGGUGAACCAGGUGUUGGUAAAACCGCAAUCUCAGAAGGACUUGCUCAGAGGAUUGUGCAAGGAGAUGUACCUCAAGCAUUGAUGAACAGAAAGUUGAUAUCUCUUGAUAUGGGAGCACUUAUUGCUGGAGCAAAGUAUAGAGGAGAGUUCGAAGAUAGACUAAAGGCUGUACUUAAGGAAGUCACUGACUCAGAAGGCCAAACCAUUUUGUUCAUUGAUGAGAUUCACACAGUUGUUGGUGCCGGUGCGACUAAUGGAGCAAUGGAUGCUGGUAAUCUACUAAAACCAAUGCUAGGUAGAGGCGAGCUAAGAUGUAUUGGCGCAACAACGCUUGACGAAUACAGAAAAUACAUAGAGAAAGAUCCAGCGUUGGAGCGUAGGUUUCAACAAGUUUACGUUGAUCAACCUACCGUGGAAGACACGAUAUCAAUCCUCCGUGGUUUGAGAGAAAGGUAUGAACUUCAUCACGGAGUUCGCAUCUCAGACAGUGCUCUAGUGGAAGCUGCUAUUCUCUCUGACCGUUACAUCAGUGGCCGGUUCCUACCUGACAAAGCUAUUGACUUGGUUGAUGAAGCAGCAGCCAAACUGAAAAUGGAAAUCACAUCAAAACCCACAGCUCUUGACGAGCUUGACCGUGCGGUGAUAAAGCUCGAAAUGGAGAGGCUUUCACUCACUAACGACACAGACAAAGCUUCAAGAGAGAGGCUGAACCGAAUCGAAACAGAGUUAUUGCUACUAAAGGAGAAGCAAGCUGAGUUAACCGAACAAUGGGAGCACGAGAGGUCUGUUAUGUCCCGUCUUCAAUCCAUCAAAGAGGAGAUCGACAGAGUAAACCUCGAGAUCCAGCAAGCAGAACGUGAAUACGAUCUAAACCGUGCAGCAGAGCUCAAAUACGGAAGCUUAAACUCGUUACAACGACAGUUAAACGAAGCUGAGAAAGAGCUCAACGAGUACUUAAGCUCAGGCAAGUCUAUGUUUAGAGAAGAGGUGUUAGGUAGCGACAUAGCUGAGAUUGUGAGCAAAUGGACUGGUAUCCCUGUCUCCAAGCUUCAACAAUCCGAAAGAGAUAAGCUUCUACACUUGGAAGAGGAGUUGCAUAGACGUGUGGUUGGUCAGAAUCCAGCAGUGACGGCUGUAGCUGAAGCAAUCCAACGGUCUAGAGCUGGUCUCUCGGAUCCAGGCCGUCCAAUAGCUAGCUUCAUGUUCAUGGGACCAACAGGUGUUGGUAAAACCGAGCUAGCUAAAGCUUUAGCUUCUUAUCUCUUCAACACGGAGGAAGCUCUUGUGAGAAUCGACAUGAGUGAGUACAUGGAGAAACACGCUGUGUCGAGACUCAUUGGAGCUCCACCUGGAUAUGUAGGUUACGAGGAAGGAGGACAGUUAACUGAAGUGGUUAGAAGAAGGCCUUACUCGGUGAUCCUAUUCGAUGAGAUUGAGAAAGCUCAUGGAGAUGUGUUCAAUGUGUUUCUCCAAAUCUUGGAUGAUGGGAGAGUCACUGAUUCUCAAGGACGGACAGUGAGUUUUACAAACACCGUUAUUAUCAUGACCUCGAACGUUGGCUCGCAGUAUAUCCUGAAUGAUGACGCGAAUGAGCUUGGUUAUGAGACGAUUAAGCAGAGAGUGAUGGACGCUGCGAGAUCAAUCUUUCGUCCUGAGUUCAUGAAUAGAGUUGAUGAGUAUAUUGUUUUCCAGCCUCUUGACCGUGAGCAGAUCAACAGCAUUGUCAGGUUACAGCUGGCUCGUGUGCAGAAGAGGAUUGCGGAUAGGAAAAUGAAGAUAGAGAUCACAGAUGCAGCGGUGGAUCUUCUUGGAAGCCUAGGGUAUGAUCCUAACUAUGGAGCUAGACCUGUCAAGCGUGUGAUACAGCAGAACAUUGAGAACGAGCUUGCAAAAGGAAUCUUGAGAGGUGAUUUCAAGGAAGAAGAUGGCAUUCUGAUUGAUACUGAGGUUACAGCGUUUGGCAACGGUCAGUUACCUCAGCAGAAGCUCAUAUUUAAAAAGAUUGAGUCGGAGACUGCAGAUUCUGCUGAGGAAGAAGAAGCUUUCUCAAAACAGAGCAAUUGA